UGUUGGUCUUUUGUUUUCCAGUUAUUUCCAGCUUCUCUCGGUGAAAGCGGUAAAAGAUGGCCUGCUCGAAAGCACUCCAGCGCAGCUCAGCUGUUUUGUUGCGAAAUGUACUGCCAGCCCAAGGUCAGCUGGCCGCAGUACGGGCCAGCUCUUGGUGGAGCGGUGUACAGAUGGGCCCACCGGACGUUAUUCUCGGCGUAACGGAAGCGUACAAGCGUGACACGAACCCGAAAAAGAUUAAUCUGGGCGUCGGUGCGUACCGCGACGAUAGCGGGAAACCAUUCGUACUGCCCAGCGUGAAAAAGGCCGAAAAGCGGCUGGCUGAGAAGCAGCUUGAUCACGAAUAUUCACCGAUCGGUGGUACGGCGGAAUUUUGCAAACACAGCAUCUUGCUUGCGCUGGGCGACUCGAGCGAGCACGUGGCAAAUGGGCUGAAUGCAACGGUGCAGGGCAUCAGUGGAACCGGUGCACUGCGUAUCGGUGGUGCGUUUCUGGCCAGCUUCUUCCCCGGCCCGAAGGACAUUUAUUUACCGACCCCGUCCUGGGGUAACCAUGGACCAAUCUUCCGCCAUUCGGGGUUGAAUGUCAAGUCGUACCGCUAUUACGAUCCGUCGACCUGUGGGUUCGAUUUUGCUGGAGCGCUGGAAGAUCUUUCGAAAAUUCCGGAAAAAUCCAUAGUAUUACUGCAUGCCUGUGCACACAACCCGACUGGUGUAGAUCCAAAACCGGAACAGUGGGCCGAAAUGUCGACCCUCAUCAAGAAGCGCAACCUGUUCCCGUUCUUCGACAUGGCUUACCAAGGCUUCGCGAGUGGUGACGUCGACAAGGACGCGCUGGCAGUGCGUGCCUUCCUGCGCGACGGACACCAGAUUGCGUUGGCCCAGAGCUUCGCCAAGAAUAUGGGUCUGUACGGUGAACGUGCGGGAGCAUUUUCUUUGGUCACCGGUAGCAAGGACGAGGCGGAUCGUACAAUGUCUCAGAUCAAGAUUCUUAUUCGUCCGAUGUACUCGAAUCCACCGAUUCAUGGUGCACGUCUGGUGGCUGAAAUUCUAGGCGACAAGCAACUGCGCCAGGAGUGGCUCGGUGAUGUGAAGCUGAUGGCCGAUCGUAUCAUCUCCGUACGCUCGACGCUGCGUAACAACCUGAAAGAGCUCGGAUCGUCGCGCAACUGGUCUCACAUUACUGACCAGAUUGGCAUGUUCUGUUUCACGGGCAUGAACCAGCAACAGUGCGAGCGUUUGACGAAAGAGUUCAGCGUGUAUCUAACAAAGGAUGGCCGUAUUUCGAUGGCAGGCGUCACUUCCAAGAAUGUGGCGUAUUUGGCCGAAGCCAUCCAUGCCGUAACGAAGUAGAUCUACCGACAGUUUGAAGAUCGAAUCAAUCCGACGAU